AGAAGACGCUGUGUGGUUAUCGUGUCUCUAAUAUGUGGUUUUGUUUUUGGUUGAAUUGGGGAACUUAAAGAUUGCUGACACACAAAAUAAUUAUUUAAAUGAAUAACCGGCCAACUCAAAGUAAACUGGUAUACAAGGGACCUGUGAAAUGGGUUUACAAAUGUAUGCUUAAUCAUAAUGUGAUAUUUAGGUGUCCAAAUACACGAAAACUUAUUAUCAGUGGGUAAAAUAAAAAUAAAUUAGAAAUGUAAUGCUGUGACUAAAUUCACUAACUUAAAAAAGAAAGUACCAAACAUGGAAAAGGGGGAAUUUUGUCACGAUUUUGCCUGCUGUACUAAUCAUUAUGUUCUGUAUAUAAUGAAGACGCUUGUUAUACAAGUUAUACAUGCUUACUUUUUGGAACAGUUCCAGAGUCGUUAGGUCAAAUCAGAUGUAAUGAACUUUGUUGUCUGCGUCUAAAUGGAUGCAUUAACUAAGUCUCUGACGACAUAUAUCGACAAUUUGCUUAAAAAUAAUUUAAAAACUACAGUAGGUUAUAUAUAUGGUACAGUAUAUAUACAGUACUGUAGAUUCACCAUACUGUAAACUAUGGUGUCAAUUUCCUUUCAACCAAUUUUGUAAUUUCUUACAGGGAACUGGUUGAAAUAUACUGCCUACUCUAUUGGACCCGAGCCAUUUACUCCCUUUACAAAAAGUUUCGACGGUUCCCAUAAAGUAAACAGGGAACGUCAGUUUUCCUAAUAUGGUCAUUAGUCACAGCGUCAUAACGAUUCCGCUUUCACAUGGAUACGUUAAGAUACGUUUACGAAAGGGGCUUGGAAUUCAACGCGCUGUCCGUAAUUGCAGUCCCACGCGUUUGUGUGACAAAGAGCCGGUUUAAAAGAAAUGGAAACUGAAAGUAGUAACAGCAACACGUUGUAUCACCAGCCUAAAUAUACAGUCUUUCUCUUUUGGCUGCACAUUUUCAGAAGCAUUCAGUCAGCGCAGCAACAACCAGAUAUACCUCUGCAACAAGUGGAGAGUGCUGUCCUCGUCUCAAAACCCCCAGGACUAAUUGACGGACCUAGUGGUUUGAGAAUGCGGGUGGUGCUGUUGAAGUAGGAUUCAGCUAAAUGGUCCUCAAACUGAUGAGGAGAGGGGCAGCGAGAUGUCUCCGGUACUCAUGGAUGAGGAACUGUACAGUUCAGGAAGCUCACUGUCAGCAGAGGAGAACACCAGCAACACCACUGGAUCUGAGGACAACUCAGGGAUGAAAAGACGAGAAAAGAACAGGGACGCGGCCAGGAAAACCCGCAAGAAACAGACGGAGAGAGCAGACGAACUUCAUCAGGAACUUCAGCGCCAAGAACGAGCAAAGUCUGCAUUACAAAAAGAGAUCACUGCAUUGAAGAAAGAGGUCCAACACUACGCCAAAAUUCUUCAAAAUCAUGAACCUUACUGCCACCUGAGAGCCUCUCAUUCUGCCUUCAGCUCUACGGCCUCGCUUCCAAUCAAAGACCAGCUCAAGUCUAUUCCUUGUCAAUCUAACGUCCUGGCCUCAGACUCUCAUUCUGCUGCUCUAAUGUCAGUCUCUACCUCAUCAUUGUCCAGUAAAAACACGAAUUUUGCAGGUGCUGAUUCUACAGCUACAAAAUUCUCCUCAUCCUCUAUUCCAACGGAGCUCACAACCUCCUCCUCGUUUACCAGCCCUGUGGCUCUGCCUUAUCUUUCUGCAGCUUCACUACAAGCCUCUGUCUCGUUGUUUAACAAAGAGCCUCCAGAAAUUUCCCUGCCAGAAGAUGUGAUCCAUAAAACUGCUUUUAUGUCAAGUGCAUAUUGUAAUUCUGUUACUGUGGAUGAAAUUUCAAAGAAACAAACAUCACCCAAGAAUGCACCAUCCAGCAUCGAGGACUCAUUUUCUUCUUUAGCAGGAAAAGGUAAAGGUGUUACAACACAUGGUUCCUCUGAGAAUGUUCCUCAGCUUUAUCCAGGUUGGCACAGUGGGAAUCUGAACAUUACUGGUCCAAUGACAUCACUUCCUGAUCCUCCAACCCCAACAAUUUCAUCUCAGAUGAAGUUGGAGUCGUUUCCUAUCCCUCCCAUUUCCUUAAAGCCUCAUUUCAAAGAACAAUUGACUCCUGGUCUUUCCUUCCUCAGUGUCCCCUCUCAUCCAAAUGUGCUUGAGAAUAAUAACGAUGGCUCUCAAGGACACCUGCUGUUGCCACGGUCAACACCAGGAGACCUUUCCUUCUCUGAAUUUCUGGAGGGCAAUGAUUGGAUCCUAAGUGAAUCAAACAGUUAUUAACACUACAUGUAAUUUGUCAAAUAUUUAUAUAAUUCUGCAGUUGGAUUGAGAUGUACUGGUAUAAACAUCAAACAAAUUUUGCAGCUAUGAAUUAGAUUGUAAUUUUAUUAGAUCCAUAGAUGAUACAGUAUUAAUCCCCGACAUUCAGUUCAAGGAAAAGUAAACCACGUUAUUUACCGCUUAUUAAUAAAUCUAAACACGGCUCCUUUCCGGUAGGGGGUGCUGUUGCUGCAGUAGGCAAAAAGCACGUAAUAUUUAUUAUUUGUGACUACUGAUUAUCAAAUCACAAGCCACUUGCUGUUGUUGUAACUGUAUAGCUGGUAAGCUGGCUAAAGUUGGGGGUUUGUGUGAACAGAAAUAAACCCAGAUUGGAAUGAUAUAAUUCAAAUCAAUCAAAGCAUGUUCAUCUCCUCAGGCCUCAAGACUUUCAGUGAAUUUAAAGUAAAGUAACAGCUGUAGGAGAUCAAAUCAAACUAUUUAUUAGCUGUCUGUCCAGUGUUUCUCGGUCAUUUGGUCACAGUUGAAAUUAGCAGUUGAAACACUGUGACUGUGUCACUUUUCUUCCUAUAAAUAUUACACAGAGAAGUUUCCAUUCUUGUGCUGCAGCUACAAGGGAGCAUUUAAAGGUAAUGCACACUCAUAUUCCUUUGAUUGUGAUUUUGUGGGAACUAAUACUUGAGUAAUAGUGUGCAACGGGUCUAAUGGAGGAAAACACCUGGUUGCAAAAUGCUAAUUUUAAGACCCUAAUAUCUAAAUUUAAAAGUUGUAUGGCAAUGGUCGUUAAAUAUAUAGACAGUGAAUUCCAAGUGAUCAGAGUCUGAAUUGAAAAUGUUAUAAAUCGAGUAAAGCUAGAGCCUUGAUGUGACUGACUUAAAUCAUAAUGUGCUACUUUGCUGUAGAUAACUGAUAGUCUUUUCUAGGUUUACUGAUGACUAAUGGCCACAGUUGUCAUUUUAACUCAUACUUUCUGGUGUUCGGUGGUUAAAGGAUGGUAUUGGUGUUGAAGUAAGUGACUAAAAUGCAGCAGUGAUUUUAGUUUUAGUGCUUUGUUCGCUCCCAAGACCGGUAGAUGAAACCCAUUACAUGCACAUCAAAAAUGUGGAUCUUGAUUUUGUGUUUCUAUAUGUCUAAAUGACUUAGAGCUUGAAUUUUAAGCAGGCACCAGUAUAGUGAUGACAUAACAUAUCUUUGUUCUGACGGUUAUGGCACUGGUCUAUGUUCAGAGAAUAUUAGAAUUAUCUUCAUAUUUAUACAAUAUCUAUUGGGAUUCAGCCGGUCUGAGAAAAGAACAUUUUUAAUUGUCAUGCAAUCGAUUAAAUACAUUGUGCUAUUAUAGCAACUGCAAUAAAACUGAAUCAUAAAAUAAAAAAAUAAAAAGCA